CUGAGAACGAAGCAUGGUCAAUUCCGCAUAAGUUGAGCAUUUUCUCUCUUCUUGGUUUUUUGAUGUUAUGGCCAGUCAAGCUGCCAAGGCAAUUGGCUUCUCUGACUAUUAUUUUCCUUUAUUUUCUGCAGUCUCGAUUUGUCUCGCGUUUCUUCAAAGUCGUCGUCAUGCUCCACUAACGCGAGCAGGAAGGGUUGUUACAGUUGGCUUAGUAGCUGCAAGACAUAACAACCCCACCAAUCGACAGCUCUUUUUCAAAACUUACCCAUGUUAUAUAUAGAUUCUGAAAUCAGGCUUCCAUUUCAGGGACACGAAAGUCACGUGUGAAAGGAUGCGUAUCCCUGAAACGUGCCCAAUGCGUGGAUAUUAGCCUGAUCCUUCUGCACUCCAUUACGACGACAACAAGACAUCAAUAUAUAGGCAACAGCAUACCGAUCGCUUUCAUUUGCCCAAGCAUCCACAUUGUCUUGUUUACUCGGGCUUGUUUUGGAGGGCAUCGCAGCGGUUAGCUCUAAACGAGCUCUUGCUCUCCGAAAACAUGUCGUCGCAGAAGUACGACAUUUCGCCAAUGGCAUUUAAAUACGACAUUGCACCCCGACAAUUCAAACCGACUCUACCACCGACUCAAUCGUAUCUUCCAACGCGCCCCUCAUCUACCCCGCCCUCCACCACAUUGCCGUCCUCAUACUCAACCGCAACAUCAAACACCCUCUUCACAAAAUCACCCCCCUUCAUCCCAAUGGCCACCACCACCGAAGAACCCCCCGCCACAACCACCACAACCUUCCACCGCGUCCCCUCCUCCGACCCCCGCCCCUCAACCGACUCAGACGCCGACUCCCUCUCCACCAACGCGCGCCUCAUCCGCCCCACCUCGCACCACACCGCCCAGCCCGACUACACCCACACCUACACCAUCUACCCCACCACGCUCUUCCGCCUCGUCGCCCUCAUCCUCCUCAUCGUCUCCGUCGCCCUCUACGCCUCCAAGGGCGCCCACCGCGCCGUCCCAGCCAUCCUCUUCAUCUCCCUCGCCUUCCUCCGCAUCCUCAUCGGCUUCAUCUACCACACCUCGCGCGCCGCCCGCUGGCGCGGCGGCCGCGGCGUCAACCUAGCUGUCGACUUCGCGCUCGUGGCUGGCCUCGCUGGGUCGAUUGGGGGGGCGUUCGCGGUAGAUCUUUCUUAUUGGGGUCAUACGAAUAUAGCGGCUUCUAUCCUGGGAUGGGUUGCUUGUUUGUUUCUUGGUUUGGCGGCUGUGGAUACGGGAAGGCCGAGUAGGAUUGCGAUUACGACGAGGUUGAAUUUCGAUGUCACGACGUCGCUGAGUCUGGAUUUCCGGACUAGGAGGGGUGUGCUGUCGCUUGAUGGUUGGGAUUCUGAGAGGCCGGAGAUGGGACGGAGUGCAUCGCGGCUUGUGUAGAUGUGAUUGGUCGCGGUGGAUGGGGUGCAGCUACGGGCGUGAUAUAUAACAUACUGUACGUAUGAUCUGGAUCAUGGUUUCAGUAAUGGGUUAGGAGUUAGGGUAUUCGUGGGAUGGUUGGAUAUUUAGAGAACUAUUAUGAACGUAUAUUUUCCACACAGCUAUACUUACGAUAUUCAUGAUACUCCUGCGGCCCAUGAGUUUGAAGUGAGACGGUGCAUUAUGGCGCC